AUUUUCGUAUGAAGCAUCGUUUCAUCGGGUCGGACAAGUUCAGGUUGGGGCGUCGUCCUCCGCCGUGUGUGUCGUCUCCGCCCCACCGCCAAUCUUCCGCUCCAGCCUGCAUGUCGUCUUCGCCAUCGAACUGAAUCACCGUUUUCUGUUAUUGACGACCAAUCGGAAGCAUGUACUGGCUUUGUUGAUUAAUUGAUCACGAGCGGAGGAUUAUGACUAGACCGCAUGCGAUUUCUAGAGCAAGAAGCUUUCGAUCUCGAGGAAUUUUCAAUGGAAUUUGCUCCAUUGUGUUGCUUUGUUUGUUCCUUGAUCAGGGGAAGUUCUUGAGAAAUUUGCGUUCGAUUCCUCAACCUAAAUGGAGUUUAGGUGAUAGACAGGUUGGGGUGAUUCAUAGGAGAAUCGCUGAAGUCUCUGGUUCUUCUUUGAACAAUACCAUUGAUGUUGAUGUAUCUCCUAAUAAUAAUAAUAAGUCUGCAAGUCUCCCCCUAUCAUGUCUUGGAUUAACCGAACAUAGAGAUUAUCCGAGCCGAUGUGAGUACUUGAUUGCCCAUCCCGAUUGCAAUUCAGGUGGAUUUUUCAAUUACAUCACGUUCUUCUACUGUGACUGUGAAGGUUUUAGUCUUCUGGGUUAUGUGGCUUUGGUAUUUUGGCUUGCUGCGUUGUUCUAUCUGUUGGGUAAUACUGCUGCUGAUUAUUUUUGUUGUUCCUUGGAGAACCUCUCGAAUCUCUUGAAUUUGCCAGCGACCGUGGCUGGAGUUUCGCUGCUUCCUCUUGGUAAUGGUGCUCCUGAUGUCUUUGCCAGCAUUGCUGCUUUUAUGGGAAAGGAUGCUGGUGAAGUUGGUCUUAACAGUGUCUUGGGUGGAGCUAUCUUCGUAACAUGUAUUGUUGUUGGUGCUGUUUCUCUUUGUGUUGCUGAGAGGGACGUCAGGAUCGAUAGGAAAUGUUUUAUCAGAGACAUUUGUUUCUUCAUGUUUGUCAUUGCCUCACUUGCUACAAUUUUGGCGUUCGGUAGGGUCAAUGUCAUCAGUGCAAUUGCGUUUGUUUCAAUUUAUUUGGUCUAUGCAUUUGUAGUUGCCGCACAUGAGAUUUUGGAAAAGGACUCAGUAAAAAUGUCCCUGAACUCUGUAACACCUUUACUUCCUGUAACUGGAAGCAUUUUCUCUGUUGGAAGUGAAGAAGAUGAAUCGGUCUAUACGACUCUUCUUGAGUUCAAUUCUGAUGGUGAUGUACCACAUCUCCAAAAUAAACUGCCACAAUGGAUGUGGUCUUCAAAUGUUGCAAUCUAUUCAAAUCAGACAAUGAAGGGCAGUGUUGAUAGUCCAAAAGCUUUGUGGGGUUGGAAUGAUGAGGAUACAGCGAAUGACUCCUCGUUUUUCUCUUUCUCCAAAUUGUUUUCACUUCUUGAACUUCCAUUGACACUUCCAAGACGUUUGACCAUUCCCAUUGUGGAGGAGGAACGAUGGUCAAAAGUUUAUGCUGUUACCAGUGCUACGCUAGCACCCGUUCUUCUGGCAUGUUUAUGGAACACCCAAGAUGAUCUUGGACCUCUGAGUGGAAAAUUUGCGUACUUUUUGGGGGUUUCCCUUGGUGGUGUGCUUGGCGUCCUUGCAUAUUUGUAUACAAGCCCUGAUCAGCCACCUCACCAGGCUUUAUUUCCAUGGGUCUUUGGGGGAUUUUUUAUGAGCAUUGCCUGGUUUUACAUUGUUGCAAAUGAGCUAGUAGCUUUGUUGAUGACAUUAGGUUUAAUUUUUGGAGUCAACCCAUCAAUUCUUGGAUUAACAGUGUUGGCCUGGGGGAACUCAAUGGGUGAUUUGAUGUCUAAUGUAGCACUGGCAAUGAAUGGUGGAGAUAGUGUACAGAUUGCUAUGUCUGGGUGCUAUGCUGGUCCUAUGUUCAAUACUCUUGUGGGGCUGGGUAUCUCCAUGCUUCUUGGAGCCAUGUCCCAUCGACCUGCACCUUACAUGCUUCCUAGAGAUAGUAGCUUGUUUUAUACAUUGAGUUUUUUAAUGUCAGGACUUAUUUGGUCACUUGUUGUGUUACCUAGGAAUGGUAUGCGCCCAAACAAAAAUCUAGGAGUUGGUUUGAUUGUUAUCUAUUUCUCGUUUCUCAUCCUCAGAGUGAGCACAUCUAUGGUGGAGCACUAAUGCUGGCAAUAAAUAUUUGUUUGAGCUAAUCAUAGGCGUCUCAACUAUAAGCAGGCCAGUGUAACAUACAUUUUGAUUGAACGGUACCCAAAGGUCAUGGGACUCGAAAAAGUUAUUAUAGAUGCUGUUGUAGGAGAUUAUGAUGCCUUGACUUUUAUUGCAUCAUCUGCCUGUUAAUAUCAUGAUUUGUAUAUCAUAGCAUUGUUAAGUGAAAUGAAACUAAAAGAUUAUUAUC